AUGGAUAUUCGGGACGAUCAGAAUCAUGUGUUCAACAUAACAUUGGCAAAAUGUACAGGAAUAUACCAAAUGUUGGAUCCUCAAACCAUACGAUAUCGUGGAUUAAACGUCUACCACUUUGUUGUGGCAUUCUUAACGUUCUAUUUGUGUGUAAUUGCAAUGAUAUUGAACGUUAGUGGUGUGUACUAUUGGACGGAAAAUCUGAAUUUAAGCAUAGAAUAUUUUUGGAAAGGCUUACUGUCGAUGUACUUGUGCUACUCAAUGUGCACCUUUAUCUACUACUCGGACGACAUAUGGAAGUGUUUAUCGAUCACGUGCUACGGUUUUACAUCGCAUAGUUUCCGAGAUAAACAAAUUAUACUGGAUCGUUGGAGAGAACGAUCUGUGUUGUUUACGACUAUAUUGACAGUAAUGUAUAGCACGUCAAUGAUGAUGAACUAUCCUAGUUCCUUGGUAUUGUCGAACGUUAUAAUACCGGUCAAAAAUCAUGACGGUUCAGUCAGCAAUUACCGCUAUAACUUAUUCAAAUUGUAUUUAUUUGUAUCCGACGACACGUACAAUGCACACUACAAUAUAUUUUACAUUUUCGAGGCUUUGUGUGUAAUCUCAUUUUUAAUACUAUUUUUAUUAUUUGAUAUUCUUCUGGUGACACUUUGUUUAGCAGUACUAUGUCAGAUGCAAAUAGUUUGCACCGCGUGCGAAUCAGUUGGGCAUAAAUCACUUGCAGGCGACGAUCUCUCUUUGGUCGUUUACUGGUUGACAUUUACUAAAUCAUUUUUAUAUAAGGACGCAAUAAUGCUCUAUUUACUUUUAGAUUGCAGAGAUGAAAAAAAACAGUUACCUAACGAACACGAAUUAAUAUAUGAUGAAAUAAAAACAAUUAUAAUGGAUCAUCAAGCGGUUAUGAAGAAAUAUGAUACAUUUUUAACCCUAUUUAAACGAGUUGUGCUUUUACAAAUUGUUGUUCUUUUAAUGACGUUCAUCAUACUAUGUAUUUGUUUUGUAAUGAGUUUUUCAAACGAUGAUAGAUUUAAAAGUUCGAGAAUAUUUACAAUAACCAUAUUUUGUAUGGUUAUUCCGAACUUAUUUAAAUUAUUUGCAAUGAGCUAUUUUUUUGGGAACAUUGUUGAACAAAAAGAUUCAAUUGUAUACGCAUUGUACAGCAGUAUUUGGACCGAAAUGGAUAUGAGGUGUAAAAAAUUGGUAUUGUUAACAAUGAAAAUGAAUAAUGCUAACCAAAAAAAGCUUAAAUUUACUAGAACGAAAAUUGUAAACUUGGAAAUGUUUUUUAAGACAUUGUGUGAUUCCUACUCAAUUUUAUCGGUUCUAAUCAAUUGUAUAAAAAAUAUGGAUGAAUAA